AUGGCUUCAUUUUACGACGAAAUCGAGAUUGAGGACAUGGAUUAUAAUGAGGAAGAAGAUGUUUAUACGUAUCCUUGUCCCUGCGGUGACAAGUUUAUGAUUUCCACUGACGAGUUAAUUGACGGUUCUGAUGUCGCACAGUGUCCCUCCUGUUCGCUCAUCAUUAGAGUCAUUUAUGACCCAGCCGAUUUCGUUGAUGAAGCUGAUGAAGAGACA